GAAACGGUCCCAAAUUUAAGUUUUAAGUUCCGGCCAUGGAAAAGGAUCGUACGAAAGAGGAGUAUGAGCUGCAGCACUUUAACUUCACCGCCGAGGAGAUUGUGGCGCAGAACGAGCAGCUCAUUCGAUCGGCGCUGCACAAAACGAUGUGUGCCUUCACGGAACAACUGGUUGAGAAGCGGAGCAUAUCGAACGAAGCGGCCGACGAACUGCGUUCGAAAAUAGUCGAAACGUGCAACGAAAUCCACAAGGACUGCCAGCCCGCCAUCGAUGCGCUGAGCGCGCUGUACCGCGAGACAUUCUCCAUUCCGGAGUGGCUGCUGCUACCGACGGAUCUGCUGCAUAAAAACGAGCCGACCGAUCAGGAGUUCGAAGAACUGCAGCGAAAGGUGUCCGAAGCAAAGAAGGCCGUUGACCGGGGAGCCGUUUUCUUGGCGUCGCUCGAAGCGGAGCUCGAGGUACACCGGGCACUCGAACCGUCUCUCCAAGCGGAACGGCAGGUUAUCGAUGCGGUCGAGGAGAGCCAGCGGCAGGUCAUUGAUAUGGACGAACUGCUCGAUCUGGUUAAACGGGUCGAGGCGGCCGGUCUGCUGGAGGACGAGUCGCACGCGAAGCCAGAUUCUACAAUCGAUAACAUUUUAUUACAAAAAUAACGCAAUAUAAUGAUUGGGUGUCACU